AUGGAAGUUUCAACUAUUAAAGAAUUAGUAAAUACUGAUUUAAAUGAAAAAAGAAUUCAUAAUUUACGAUCAAAUACAAAAAGAACACUAGAGAAUACAAAAAUUAGUAAACGUAAAUAUUUUCUAAAACGUAUUGGAUAUUCAAUAAUUGGUUUGAUAGUUAUUGGAGCUAUGCUUUCUCCAGUAUUAUAUACUUUAUUAAAAAACUCUAGUACCGAUGUUUCAGAACCAGAAAUAUCAAAACCAGUAACAAGUCCAAUACUAACAAAAACAACCAGGAAAGUUACUGUAUCAACAACAACAGCACCACCAUUUGAUCAGUGUACGAGAGAAUAUUCUGUAUUAACAAAAGAUACUGGUAGUUUUAUUUCAUCAGUAAUGACAGCUGAUCUUAAUAAUGAUAAUAAAAUCGAUAUUAUCUUUAUCCAAGAAUCAUAUAUAUUCGUUUCGAUUCUUUUCAACUUGGGGAAUAAUAAGUUUACUGAUAAAAAACUUUAUGAACUUCAACAAUUUGUAUUAUCUCUGGCAACAGGAGAUAUUAAUGAUGAUGGUUAUGUAGAUAUUAUUGUUGGUCAAUCAUAUUCUACGAUAGCUAUUCUUUGGAAUGAUGGUCAUGGUAUAUUUAAUGAUAUAUGGUAUUCACCAUCGGAACACUUUAUCACUACUAUAUACUCAAUAGCAAUAGCUGAUAUUAAUAAUGAUGAAAAAUAUGAUAUUAUUGUAACAGGUUCAAGCGGUAUUCAGCUCAGUAUUUUUUACAAUAAAGGUAAUAAAAUAUUUAGAGAUGUAAUCAUCUAUCCAGCUGGUAAUCAACCAAUGUCUGUAACAGUUGCUGAUCUUAAUGAUGAUAAUAAACUUGAGAUUAUUAUUGCAUAUGCAAGAACAAAUACAAUCGGCAUUCAUUUCGAUAAUGGAAAUGGGGAUUUUUCUAAACAAAUUACUUAUUCAGUUGGUUAUGGACCAAUAUAUGUUACAGCUGGUAAUAUUAAUAAUGAUACUAAACUUGAUAUUAUUGUAGUAAAUUUUUUUUCAAAUAAAAUUAAUAUUCUUCUUAAUAAUAAUGGUAUAUUUAAUAAUCAAACAAUAUUAUCAAACAUGGUUAAUCCAGUAUCCGUCGCAUUAACUGAUUAUAAUAAUGAUGGUACAAAUGAUAUUAUUGUUCCAAAUUUUCAUUCAAAUUAUGUUAGUGUAUUUUUUAAUGAUGGAUACGGUACGUUUAGUAUUCCAGUUAACUAUACCACUUAUCCUUCACCACGAUGUGCAUCAAUAGCUGAUCUUAAUGAUGAUAAAAAAUCUGAUAUUAUUAUUGGCACUGAAAAAUAUAUUGGCGUUAUUAUUACGGAAUGUGAUUAA